AACAAACCCAGUUCUCAAGCUUUUGGUCACUGGAUUUCACUCUUCUUCUCUCAAGUCAGCCUCACUGAUCCUGUCAUAGCUGUUAUCGAUGGAGAAGAAGGUAACCAACGACGCAGAGAAUUGUUGCCUUCGUAUAAAGCUCAUAGGAAAUCACCAAAUCAUGGGAGCUACUCUAAGAGGCCACAUCAGUUCGUUGAUG